AGGGUAUUUAUUAUGGCAUGCAGAAGAAAAAAUGGCAUUUGAAUUAUUAAUUUAUAUAAGUAGAAAAUUAAAAUUAGAAGAUUUAUUAAGAUAAGGGUUUUUAGAUUUAAAAAGACAUAUAAAAAUUAUAGAAGUACUCAUAAUUAUACAUUGUAAUGAAGUUAUAAAUAUUUUAAAUAAAUUAGAAAUCACUAUAUAAAUGAUAAUUUAAGAAUGGCUUUUAGUUUUUAUGACUAAUGUAAUACCUUUAGAAUUUUCACAUUUUGUUAUUAAUGGUAUUAUUUUCGAAGGAUGGAUUUUUAUAUAUAGAGCAAUUGUUAAUUCACUUAAAAUUGUGGCUAAUAAAGCUUUAUGUAUUAGUGAUUAAAGUGAAGUAAUAUUUAUGUUAAAAUAUUUAAAAGGUAUAGAUUGGAAUUUAAUAUUAUAAAAAGAAUAACCAAGAAUUGAAAGUGGACUUAUAUAAAACCUUUCAAGUUAUUUAGGCCAAUGUGGUACUAAAGAAUCUUAUUUAUGUGGAACAUAUGGAUUAAAAGAAAUGUAUUUAGAAGCUUUUAAUAUUUUCGAUAAAGACGGAAAUGGAAAAAUUACAGUCGAUGAAAUUUUAAAAAUACUAAAUUUAGACACUAAGGAAGAGAGAAAAAUAUUUAUUGAAAGUAAAUUGAAAAAAAUUAUAGAAGAAAUCGAUAUAAAUAAAGAUGGAGAAAUCGAAUUUGAUGAAUUCAAAAUAAUUAUGAAUAAUUUAUUGAAUUAAAUAUGA